AACGGAAUUGUGGCCCUCAACAUGGGAAGUUUCCCUAUUAAGGAAUUAUAUUUUCCUGAGAUUACCUAAAGUCCUUAAAGGAUCAAGAUUGGGUCUGGUUACACAGUGUGUGCUAAGAAAAGAAUAAUUUUAUUGACUUGAAUCCUCGUAGGACGUGAAUCAUUUAAAGAAGCUGAGACCUCAGUGAAUUCUUGCUGCAAGUUGGUCCAGUUCUCAGUGAACAGCCAUGGGCCCAAAGAAAUAUACCAAGUUUCAAGAAAACAGGGCAUUAAAGCCUAUGGCAAAUGUCUCUAUUAAAUUUGAGAAAAAAUUAGGUCCAGAUGGUGAUGAGAUAUAUGAUACAACUGGGCAAUCAAAAUUUGUCCUUAAGAACCUCAGAUACUACACAGUCCAUCCAAAUAUGGCCAAAUACUACGAGCCUUUGAAGCCCACUAAGCUGCAAAGAUUCCUGGCUCAAAGGAAGAAAAUCAACAGUUUCAUGGUAAACGUGACUGAGUACGAUCAGGAUAUGACCUUACUGCUCAUGACCAACAACCCACCUCCCUGCUCUGUCAGCCAGCAGGAACAGGAAGGAGCUCCAAAAUACUUUCCCCCGGAAUUUCAGUUCAAGGAAACUCACCAUCAGCACAAACCCACCAAGGACUUCUGCCUCCCCACGAUGCCUCAGAAAAAGAAGUUAAGACCAGAUCUGAAGCCAAUCUUCUCUGUGAAACAGACAGGCGACCCCGCCUCCAAGGGACAGCAGUGGUUUAGGUUUUCCACUGACAAUGAUUUCAAGACUGAAGGAAAGUAUUCCGAAAUUUAUGCUUUGAGGAGACAGAAGAAAAUGUACCCUGAUCUCAUCUUUGCUCCAGCCUCCCAAGUAGAGGUGAAGAAAGACGUUUCGAAGAAGUCAAAGGGUGAGCCACCAACUUCGCAAGUCCUUUGGGAACCACUGACAUUUUCAAAGCUCCUGGAAGAGAAGCCCACCAGAUGUGUGCCAGGGGAUAGCGUCUUUCGCUAUGGAAGAGCCCAGCAGUGGGUUAUCAAAAAUGCCGCUGUCAUUUAG